AUUUCUGGUAGUAAUCUAUCUGUAAACUAUUUCAUUUACCUAAGCGGGCUACUUUUAAUUAUCAUGUGUAUGCAACUGGUUUUCACGAAAAACUAUUGCUAAGAAGGUGUAAGGUUCACAUAACUAAAAUGCAGCAGACUAAAUAUAUGUAUAAAUGUCCUCUCGAAAGAAAUUUCAUUUGGCAACCACAUAACUUAUCAAAUGGGAAAGGACUAAAUGGAAAAUUAUUGUCCUUGACACUGCUUUCUUCUUCUUUACCAGCAGUGGUUUUUUGUUUGGUUGGUUUUUUUUUUAGCUUAAUGUUACUGGUAAAUAAAGCACUUACGUUGUUAAUGGGUGUUAUAACGCUUUACAAUAAUAGAAUCAGAUACUUGUGUCAACAUGAACACUUGCAUGAGGAAAACACACAGCCUUUCACUUCUUCUGUUCACUGAUGAUUCAUCUGACUAUCUAACACAAUAUGUUUGCCAACUCACUAAAUCUGUAUCAAGAUACGUAUCAAGUUAAUAAUUUUAGGUUCCAAUUUUUCAGUUCCUCUUAAAUUUUGGUUCAAGAGCACUUCUGUUGAGCAUUUUCUGGCCGUUCAGAGAACAAUUUAUAAAAAAUUUCCAAAUGUUGCCUAUAGUGUAUUCUAUAGAGAUGGCAGAAAACAGUAAACAUCAUAUUGAAAAUAAUGACAUAUAAGUUGAAAGUAUUGAUCUAUUUCCUAUGGUGCUGCAACUACAUUUUUAUCAUGCAAUUAUCCAAUAAGCCAGUUGACAGCUCAGCCAUAUACUGUAGAAUUUACAUAGAAUGGUGCACACUAAUAAUAAUAAUAAUUCUGCACUUUGAAAGGUGAGAGGUGAAUGAUUUGAAACUGAUUUGUGAGGACAGGACAUCUACAGUAACUCAAAUAACCACUCUUUACAACCAUGGCCAGCAGAAAAGCAUAUCAGAAUGUACAAUAAAUUAAAUCUUAAGGUGGAUGGGCUACAACAGCAGAAACCCUCAUCGGAUUAUACUCCUGUCAGCUAAUAGCAGGAAUCUGAGGCUACGGUAGGCACAGGCUCACCAAAACCGGAUAUUUGAUUAGAAAAAUGAAAAAAAUGUCGCCCAGUCUGAUUAAUCUUGAUUUCUGCUGUGACAUUCAAAUGGUAGGGUCAGAAUUUGAUAUCAACAGUAUUAAUCCAUGGAACCAACCUGCCGUGUGCCAACAGUUCAGGCUGGUAGUGGUGAUGUAAUGAUGUGGGGAAUUUUUGCAUAAUAAUCUUAAUACCAAUUCGAGCAUUGUCUGAAUGCCACAGCCUGUCUGAGCAUAUGUUAUUCUUUUAUGGCCACAAGUGACCUUAUAAUGGCAACUUCCAGCCUGGUAUUGCACAAUGUCACAAAACACAAGUUGUCUCAAACUGGGUCCAUUAACCUGACAAGGAGUUUGGUAUACUUCAGUCUGGUGACUCCACAGUUACCAGAUCUGAAUCCUACCACAUAUUAGUAUGAUGUUCCUAAUUAAGUUGUAGGUGAGUGUAGUUUCCCAAACCAAACCCUUGCUUUGAAUUAUUUUAACUGUUCAUUCAUCUUUAUCUUAGUCAGGGUCAUGAUGGAUCCUAUACUAGUAACACUGGAUGCGAGGCAGGAAUACAUCCUGGAUGGAAUGCCAGUGUAUUACAGGGCCCUAUGCACUGUGUUACGGUCCGGUCUAGGUCGGGCCGCAACAUGCAAUAAAAUAAAGGGUUGGCGAGACCAGGUUUGCGUUUGCUUUGUUUUUUAUUUUUAAUUCUUCCCUUUUUAAAAUAUAUUGUGGUUUGAACGUCAGAAGCCGGUCAAAAUAAUAAACUAAAUUUCCCUCUAACUGUACCAAAAGAAACUAACUAUCCUAAAAGAAAAGAAAACAUACGCACAUAUUCACACACUCUGGAAACCCUGGAUAUGCUCUUAAAAUCUGCAUGACAGUUUUUUUUUUUUUUUCUUAGAUCUAGAUGAUUUAUUUACCAAAUACAGUCAUAGAAUUGUCCAGAAUUUUUUUUUACAUUUUUUUUUUUUUUUUAGCCAAAAUCACUUUUCUACAUGAGAGUCUACAACAGCUAAAGUAAUACUGUAUUUUAAUGACUAUUAAAUUUCAGCUCUCUUUUCAAAUGUUUUUUUUUUUUCUUGUGGUCACCAGUUCAUUACAAAUGAAUCUUUUGGAUUUUUUUCAAAUUAUGUUUUAUUUUUAUUUAUUUACCCACAGUCGUGUUUUCUUGUUGCUGAAACACUUCACAUGAUCAGAACUUACACCUUUGUAGGUGUUUAGUUGUGUUCAUGUACCACACAGGAUCGGCUUUAGGACCGCGCGGUGUUUCCACGGAGCUAACGGUGAUUCACCCUAUUGACUGGGUAGACUAUGAUCACAUCAGAUUCAGUUCGACAAUAUUUAUCUUGUCUAAUCUGUCUAAUUCGUUCAAAAUGUUGUGAGACAAUAUACCAAAAAAAUCUUUUUAGUAUGAUUCUUACAGCUGCUACCGGAAGCUGCUGAUAAAUGCUGAUUUGUGCUGUUUGCGAGUGAAAGAUGGAGCACAUCAGAUUACCGAAGGUUGAAAAAGUCCAGCUAGUGGACAGGGGAUGUUCUCACAGGGCACGAGUUGGAACACUAUAUUUAACAGCCUUUCAUACAGUGUUUGUGGAUAAUGAGGCUGAGGAUCUCAGUGAACUGUGGGUGCUGCAUAGUCUGGUGUGUAAUAUUAAGAAACAAAGCACUCCUGCUUUGGGACACUCACUUCUCAUUCAAUGUAAGAACUCUCAGCUUAUUCAACUCAUCAUCCCACAAGAGAGCGACUGCAAUGAUGUUUUUAUGUCACUCUUACGACUCUCCAGGCCAGAGCGAUACGAGGAGCUUUAUUGUUUUUCUUUCAAGACAAAUUUCAACAAGGCCGAAAGGGACGAAAAUUGGGACUUUAUAGACAUGAAGGCUGAAUAUAGUCGCAUGGGAGUGCCAAAUAAACUCUGGCAUGUCACCUCUAUCAACCGAGAAUACAGGGUAUGUGACACUUACCCCGCUGACCUGUUCGUACCUAAAUCAGCCACGCUCCCUGUCAUCAUAGGGAGCUCCAAGUUUCGCAGCAAGGGCCGAUUUCCUACGUUGUCAUACUACUGCAAAGAAACUCAAGCAGCCAUAUGUCGCAGCAGCCAGCCUCUUUCAGGCUUCAGUGCCCGCUGCUUAGAAGACGAACAGAUGCUAGAGGCCAUUAUGAAGUCCAACCCGAGCAGCCGAUUCAUGUAUGUUGUGGACACCAGACCCAAGCUAAACGCAAUGGCAAACCGGGCUACAGGAAAGGGCUAUGAAAACGAGGAUAACUACACCAAUAUAAAGUUUCAGUUCAUCGGCAUUGAAAAUAUCCAUGUGAUGAGGAACAGUCAGCAGAAACUGAUUGAAGUGUCUGAUCUUUGUUCCUCAUCCAUGGGGGAAUUCCUUUCAGGCCUGGAAAAUUCAGACUGGUUAAAACACAUCAGAUCAAUAUUGGCAGCUGGAAUCUUUGUUGCCAGGGCUGUGGCAGAGAAAGGCAUCAGCAUCUUGAUCCACUGCUCGGAUGGUUGGGACCGGACAGCUCAAGUGUGCUCCAUAGCCAGUGUGCUUCUUGACCCUUACUACAGGACUCUUAAGGGAUUCAUGGUGUUGAUUGAAAAAGACUGGGUUUCAUUUGGACACAAGUUUUCUCAUAGGUACAGCCACUUAAACGGAGACCCCAAAGAAGUGUCUCCUGUUAUUGACCAGUUCUUAGAGUGUGUGUGGCAGCUUAUGGAGCAGUUUCCCUGUGCCUUCGAAUACAACGAGAGAUUCCUCAUCAGCAUCCACAAUCACAUUAAUUCAUGUCAGUAUGGCAACUUCAUUUGCAACAGUGAAAAAGAGAGGAAACUUCUAUGUAUUAGAGAGAAGACUCACUCCGUCUGGCCUCAUUUGUGGAAGAAUAAACUGGACUGCAUGAACCCUCUGUUCAGACCAGACCACAGUCAGACCCAAGGAGUUCUACAUCCCAUUACUAACCCCUACUGUUUCAAGUUCUGGAGGGGUUUGUACAAUCAGUUUGACCGAGGCUUGCACCCACGUCAGUCUGCGCUCGAGAGCCUAGUGGCUGUGAAAGAGGAAACUCAACAGCUAGAAGAAGUUCUGGUCAUUUGUGAGCAGAAACUGGCUGCACUGGCUAAGGAGCCAUUGAAAGGCCUCUGUGUGAAAAAUCAUGUGCCAAUGUACAUGGGCCUAGCCAACAUACCUCAGGACCACAAUGGAAGAUUUUUUGGCACUGGCCCUAAAGUUCUCAGCCUGUUCGGAGAUACACCAAAAAGCUAUGGCCAGGAGUCAGGAGAAGCACACUUCAAGUGUCAUUCCUCAACCAAUGGCAACGCAUUUUCAAAUAAAGAUGAAGUCAAAGAUCCUGACUUUAAUACUGUCUAAAUGUAGGGCUAAUGACAAAUGAAAAGCCAUAUAUAAAGAAUGUAUUUAACUAUACAAAGAAUGUGUGAAUUUCAUGUAUGCAUUUGACUUUAGUUGUUCACUCAGUACUCCUCAAGUCUGUGUACCUGUAUUUCUGUCAGUGUAAAGACCAGGGUUAAUAUUUGGUACGUGUUGGUUUCACAUUUGCAUGAAGUUAUUUGUGUUACAAACAUGCACAUUGCAAAACACCUCAUAAUGCUAGUAUAUUUAUUUAUUCUAAGACCUGAAAAUCAAACACAUGAGACUGAGAUCUAACCUAUAUAGUAAAUAACACUCCUUUUGUUUGGAAUAUAGGUCAGUAUGUUUACAAAAUAGGUCGAAUACAUUGACUAAUACUCCUGAGCGGGUAAGUCCAAUUGUUAAGCAUGUGUUCUCAAUGCUUGUUUUAAUAACUCUAUGAACAUUACUACAAAUUGGUUUAUUUUUAUGUUGAACGGUUGAAAGUGGGGAUAUGCUGAACACAUGUAACCUUGGGUUAUACAUUAAUUCUAAAAUAAGGUCUGAACGAUUGCAAUGUCACUCAAAUAUUAAUAAAUAAUGUUA